CCUUCAUGUCUCUCGACAAGAUCUCACAAACGGACUUGGCCUGGUGGACCAAAAAUAUUCCGAAUGCGAUAAAUUCUAUAAAAUGUUUCAAUCCAACAAUGGAAAUGUUCACAGACGCUUCCACUUCCGGUUGGGGCGCAUAUUGCAAUGGGAUAAGAACGAAUGGCUUCUGGAGAAAAGAUGAAAGAAUUAAACACAUUAAUGAACUAGAAUUAAUCGCAGUAAUCAUGGGUUUAAAAUCAUUGGUAGGAUACUCACGGAGGUCUGAUAUCGUACUGAGAGUUGAUAAUACGACAGCCAUUGCGUAUAUCAAUAAAAAAGGCGGAAUUAAAUUUCCAGCACUUAACAAAGUCGCUAAGGAAAUAUGGGAUUUCUGUGAACAACGUGAAUUGUGGGUCAUGGCAGCUUAUAUCAAAUCCGAAAAAAACCACGAAGCAGAUUUUGAAUCAAGGAAACUCGAACCGGAAACCGAAUUCGCCUUAUCAGAUGAAGCAGUCCGUGAGAUUACUCGUAAAUUUGGACAGCCAGAUGUAGACCUUUUUGCCUCACGGUCAAACGCAAAAUGUCACCAAUAUGUAAGCUGGAAAAAAGAUCCAGACUCAAUAGCCAUCGACGCAUUCACUAUAUCAUGGAAAAAAUAUUUCUUCUACGCUUUUCCCCCUUUUUCAGUUAUUCUUCGUAUCUUACAAAAAAUUCAGUCUGACGAGGCUGAAGGGAUCAUGGCCAGCCCAGCCUUGGUUUCCUACGUCCCCUCACCGCUUGUGGAAAAACCUUACCCUGGAGGCAGCUAUCUUAUCAGGGAGGGCUUCAAAAGGAAGGGAGUUCCAGAGGAAUCACUUGAAAUAAUAUUAUCUUCAUUGAGCGACUCGUCAAAGAAACAAUACAACUGUGGCCUGAAGAAAUGGUGGCUAUUUUGUUCAAAACAAAAUCAUGACACAUUCGAAUAUUUUCCUGAAACUGUUCUUAGAUUUCUCACUAGAGAAUUCAACGAGAGCGCUACUUAUGGAACUCUAAAUUGCUAUCGCUCAGCGGUGGGUUUGUUAUAUGGACCAGAACUUGGCGAAAAUGCCACGAUCAAACGAUUUGUCAAAGGGAUAGCUAAAAAGAGACCAUCUCGUCCGAAAAACGACACCACUUGGGACCCCCAAAUUGUGUUAGAUUAUCUGAGCGGAUGGGAAAAAAUGACUAAAAAAUUGACUGUUCUAUUGAUGCUUGUCACUGGACAGCGAAUGCAGACUCUAGCGUUGAUUAUGGAUUCGAGAUAAAAAUCCCAGACAAGAUAAAGACCUCACGGAUAGGAAAAUUUCAGCCUGUGUUAAAACUUCCUUAUUACUUAGACGAUCCUUUGAUAUGUCCAGCAACUGCCUUGAGAGAUUAUUUGAAACAAACAGAACAAUUGAGACUCAAUGAAAAACGACUGUUGAUAUCCUUCCAAAAUCCACAUAAAUGUGUCACUACACAGACGUUGAGUCGGUGGAUCAAAGGCGUUCAGGAAGACAGUGGUAUCGAUACCAAUCACUUUACAGCAUACAGUACUCGACAUGCAGCAACCUCAGCUGCUGAUCGGAAAGGUGUCUCCAUUGAUGUCAUUUUGAGAACUGCCGGUUGGACCCAGAAGUCAACGACGUUCGCAAAAUUUUACAAUAAGGAGUUGAUAAAUGAAGAUCAAGAUUUUGCAAAGGCCAUACUAAGAAAAAAGAAAUAAUAAUUAUUUUGGUGCUUUGAAAUUAUCACCAUCUUCAUAUAACAUAACUAAUCAAUAAAAACUGUUUUUUGUAACAGGACGAUAACCGUUCUCUAAAUAUCUACUAU